AAUUAGCUGUGACAAAUUGAUUUAAAGUGUGGCUGCAGGAAGAGGAGUAAGAAAGCUCUGCUCUGCCUUAUGGGCGUUGUAGUCUUUCCUCUUGCACAGGCCUCGGCUGCAAUAAGGAACUGGACUCCAACUCCCAUAGUUCCCAUUAAAUUAUACCGCACAGGCUCAGAGUCCAUAUACCCGGAGUGGGUGGCUACAUUGUGUCUAUUGUAUGAGUUGAUUUUUGUUUUGUUUUGUUUUUUGGGGGGCUGGCAUUUUGUACAUCACGGGAGGCUUAAAUUGGAGUGAAAAGCAUGGCUGAUGAGCAAGAAAUCAUGUGCAAACUGGAAAGCAUCAAAGAGAUCAGGAAUAAGACUUUGCAGAUGGAAAAGAUCAAGGCACGCCUGAAGGCAGAGUUCGAAGCCCUGGAAUCGGAGGAGAGGCACCUGAAGGAAUACAAGCAGGAGAUGGACCUUCUGCUGCAGGAAAAGAUGGCCCAUGUGGAGGAGCUGCGGCUGAUCCAUGCUGACAUAAAUGUGAUGGAGAACACCAUCAAGCAGUCUGAGAAUGACCUCAACAAGCUCUUGGAGUCCACUCGGCGCCUGCAUGAAGAGUACAAGCCCCUUAAGGAGCACGUAGAUGCCCUACGGAUGACUCUGGGCUUGCAGAGGCUGCCAGAUCUGUGUGAGGAGGAAGAGAAACUCUCUCUUGAUUAUUUUGAAAAGCAGAAAGCUGAAUGGCAGACAGAACCACAGGAACCUCCCAUUCCAGAAUCUCUGGCUGCAGCUGCAGCUGCUGCCCAACAGCUACAAGUGGCUAGGAAACAGGACACCAGACAGACAGCCACUUUCAGACAACAGCCACCGCCAAUGAAGGCCUGUUUAUCAUGUCACCAGCAAAUUCAUCGGAACGCACCAAUAUGUCCACUCUGCAAAGCAAAGAGCCGGUCUCGGAAUCCCAAAAAACCCAAGAGGAAACAGGAUGAGUGAAACACAGAAAAUCCAUGGAAAAAACAUGUGACCCAUCCUAAUCCCUUUCCAGUAGAACUGUAAACGUGGCCAGUUUAUUGAAGUGCAGACUUAAGUAUGACUUACCCACUGUUUUCUAGUUAAUGUGACGUAAGCACAAUGUUUCUGUUCCGUCUUAAUUUCCAUCCAGUCCUCACAUUCUGGUUUUAGGAGAAGUGCUGAUGGUGCUACACUUUAACAUUUUAGUCAUUCCAUCUUUCUGACUCCUAAGCCAAGUGGAACCUCUAAUGCAAGUAGUCUCAAUGCUGAUGAGCAUUUUGCAGAGAAGGACAGAUGAUUCCUCCUGUGAAGAUAUAUUUGAGGAUACAUGUUUCAUAGUUAAAUACAUUAGACCUAAGGUACCUCUACUGUACUUGCCAAAAUGUUCCUGUGUUUUUCUAGCCCUACACUGUUUGUCACACAGUAUCUUUUGCUAAAAAGCAGGCACUGGCUAUACAACUAUAAUAUUCUUAAUGAUUUAAGUGUUACUACAGCAAGUUCGUUUUUUUUGUUGUUUUUUUUUGAGAGAGAGCGAGAGAGAGUUGUUGCUAAAAGAUUACUCUAAUUUUCUCCUAACAGAAACCCACUUGAGGCACAGAAGUUGCUGAAUAUCCAUUUGCUAUGCUAGAGACCCAUGCCUUGACCUAACCAGCAAGAUUACAUGGGCUAGAUAUAGAGUAAAACUCAUCAUAUCCAAGGAUUUGGGGGUAUGUCUGAAAUGACCAGAAAAAAUAGGGAUAUGGGCACACGGGAGAUCAACAUAUAGUUCAGUUUUAUGAGGUUUGAUUAUCCAGUUCCUACAGAACCGGAUUAAAAUUUGGGAAGGGGAUCAAGCCAUUGUAUCCAUAUUAAUAUAAAAUUAUGUUUAGCAUCUUAAUUAGGCCAUUUUCAGCAAUCGUAAAACAGACUUCAAUUCAAUUAAGAACUAACUAGGGCCUCCACAGCAUUUGUGGACUUCCUGGGCUCUGAGCCAAAGAGCUAAUCCUAGUUCUUCAGGGGAAAUCAUAAAAUACCCUGGAUUUUAGUGAUCAUUGACCGCAAUAUUAGCCAUUCUAAACCUCUUCUCCCCCUUACAACUAUGGGUCAAAAUCAGCUUUAGAAUAGGCAGGUACAACACCCAUUGAAGUCACAAGGAAUUUCACUUGUGUACUCCUCAGUAGUACUGGUUGAAAACUGAGUUUUUGACAAAAGGAAGUUUUCACCAGGCGAGUGCACUUGCCUAUAAAAACUUCUUGUUUUUCAACAACAAAAAUCUAAAUUUUCCACAGAAAAAAGCCAUUUUCCAACCAGUUCUACUCCAGAGCUGACUUUGACUUCUUGCUCUACACAUGUGCCAACAGAGCUCUGGCUGGAGUAUCUAUCAGAAUCCCCCGAUAUAGGGUGAGCGCCUUUCCUUAUUUCAGCCAAAGUAAGAGUAGCUUCUCUGAGGAAGGGCAAGAACAGGGACCUAGAACCUCCUGGUUUCUAAUCCCAACUAUACCAUUUACUCCUGGUGCCUUGAGAACAUAACUAACUGCUUUGUGAUUGACACUCUUCAGUAGGGCUGAUAAUACUGACUUGUCUCACAGGGGGAUUGUGCAAAUUAAAGAGCCUUGAAUAUUAAGAAUAUUUCUAAAGUACUAAAUAUUCUUUUCAAUAACACUUGGGAUUACAGAAGGAGGGAGCCCCCUCCCUAAAUUUUUAUUGCCCCCUCUCCAUUGCCCCAAUCCUUCAUCCAUACUUGUGCUGGAGUGGUUGUAUUAAGGCAGAGGUCCUCAAACUGUGGGACAUUCCCCCCCCCCCCCCAGGAGGGCAUAGAGGAAUGUUCAGGUUUGGGGCGGGCCAGGCCUGCCCCCCUGGAGAGGGAGGGACACCCAGCCCCACUCUGCCCCCAGUUCUGCUCCAGCCCCAGCCUGGGCCCCUGGCUGCUGAUCCUGAACACAGCUCCACUCCCAGCCCCGGGCCCUGACCCGUCUCCCGACCACAGCUCCUCGGGGGUGGGGGGAGAAUAGAUUUCAUUACUGGUAAGGGGAGGCAUGACAGAAAAAGUUGGGGGACCACGGUAUUAAGGAUUUUUGUUUGUUAGUUAAACACAGAAUAAGCCACACCCUGGUCUCUGGUGAUGAGACUUUACCGGCUACUGGGGACUGUACAAGCGCACAUAAAAAGCUUUUGCUGGCCAAAGCACAUGAAUUGCCCUAAGUCCACAGCUGCUUGCCACAGGGUGACUGUGUGGUUGUAUUAUUUAGAUGGAAUAAAUGUGCCAAAGGUCUUAACAUAACCCAGUCUCUGUCCAGAGUUUGCUAUACAGAGACAUCAGCCCGCUUAGUGCCAUGGCAAACACACCAUUCAAAAUCUUAUUAACCUUUUAUUAAAGAUACAGAAAAGAAGGAAAAACAGUUAAAGCAUUUGAAAUGGGCAGUAUUAAAUAAGGCUUUAAUU